AUGUCCCAUGUCGAGGAGACCGCUUUUGGUAGAUCCGGAAGGUGGAGUGUGCCACAGUGCCAGCUAAAUGAGGAAACCGCUGCCGGUAGAGACGAUAAAGAUGCCCAGGGGACGACGACCCGCAGGGCUGUCAGGUUUAAGGUGUCAAAAUCCGUCUGUUUGAUUGUUACCUGGUUUUGUAUGGGCCUCUACAGCGGAAUAACAGGGCCAACAGUGCCAGACCUUGGCGAACGCCUCCACACAGACUAUGAUAGCGUGGGGUUUGCAAUGGCCUUCCGCAGCAUUGGGAAAAUGUUAGGCUCGUUAACAUGUGGUUAUCUGAGGGACAGGUUCAGUAGUAAAGGUGACUUGCUGCUGGGAGUAGCCCUCGCAGUGGUGUCUGUCAGCGUCGUCACCAAACCCUGGGUACCCACAGUCAGCUUACUCGCCUUCCUCUUCUUUGUGGAAGGAUUUUCCCACGGUGGAAUAAACUCAGUGGGCAAUUCCAUGUGCGUACUAAUGUGGAAAGAAAACGCGGCAUUGCCUGUGCACUUGCUCCACUUUGGUUAUGGACUCGGAGCGUUGGUUUCUCCGCUGAUUGCCAGACCUUUCCUGUCCCAACACCAGACCAUAAACGUGACGGUGGACUCGGGGAACGCAUCCAACAUUGGUUACUAUGGAUACAGGAAGAACCUUACACUAGAUUCCAAUGUUACUGCUGAGUUUAAUCUGACCUUUUCAAACCACACAGCCAACGAGACAUUUAAGGAGGAAGACAUAAUUAUAAAGGAAUCCUUGAUUGAAAUACCUUACGCCAUCGUGUCCGGAUUCAUCCUCCUUAUUGGUAUGGCCUAUGUUGGAUUUUUUUUCCAUAAACCGUUUCGAAAAUUGACUGCCCGUUUUGGAAGCAGCUCUUAUUCAAAACCUUGCGACGCACCGUUCUUAAAAGAUCGCCCGAAGAGUGCUGUGUCUAUCUUAGCUCUCUUUUUCCUGUAUUACAUGAUGACUACCGCCAUUGACAGAGCUCUGGGCUCCUUUCUAUUCACGUACGCCGUAGAGAGUAACACUGGAUUCACGAAAAGUGAAGCAGCUUAUCUGAACACGGGAUUUUACGCCUGUUAUGCGGGUGGCCGAGCCAUCAUGGGAUUGCUGGCCCAUAAGCUUCCUGUAAAAUACAUAUUAUUCUCUGAGGUCUAUCUGAUGGCUGGAUGCUCCGCAAUUAUAACUUUCUAUGGUUACGACAAGCGCCUCAUACUGUGGAUAUUCUCCUGUUCCCUAGCUUUCUUCUUCGGUCCAAUUUAUCCCUCAGGCGUAGCCUGGGUGGACCGAUAUGUUCCGCUGUAUGGACUGGUCGUCGCCAUCUUUGAUGUAGGCAACGGUGUUGGAGCGUUCGUCUCAAAUUGGAUGUCUGGGUAUCUCAUUAGUAAUCUUGGACCGCGUUCUUUCUUGUAUUUCACGUUUUCUGCUGCUGGUAUUCUGUGCCUUACCAUAAUCAUUGCUCAGAUCAUUGGGAACAAUCGGGGCGACAGACACACGGCGGAUAAACAAGAGACUACUGGUGAAUCGAAGGAAAAAUAG